AUGGAUAGAGAGCAAGAAGAAAUGCAAUUUCUAGGGUUCUUCGGCAUCUACGCAGAAUCCUACAAACUCAUCUUCAGAUGGAGGAAAAUCUUCUUCCAAGUAACCCUCGCUCUCAUCCUCCCACUCUCCUUCAUCUUCUUAGCACACCAAGAAGCAUCAGAGAUACUCUACUGGAGGAUCAGAUACACCAGAUUCAGACUACACUGGACUAAAGCCGGCACCCCAAAGUACCACAAACUCUCCGACCUCGUAACCUCUGAAUGGGCCGAAUACCUACUUCUCAAGGCCGUGUACUUCGUCUUCCUCAUCAUCUUCUCCCUCCUAUGCACCUCAGCUGUCGUCUACACGGUUGCAUCCGUGUACACGUCGCGUGAGGUAACGUUCAAGAAAGUCCUAAGUGUAGUUCCAAAGGUGUGGAAGAGGCUAAUGGUCACUUUUUUGUGCACUUUCUUUGCGUUUUGUGCUUACAACGCAGCUUUUGCACUAGCCCUUUAUUUAUGGGGGGCUACAAUAGCUGACUCCACAACUGGGGGGGCUGUCGUUUUCGUGAUCGUAUUAACGUUGUAUGCGGUAGGGUUUGUGUAUAUGACGAUCAUUUGGCAGCUCGCCAGCGUUGUUUCGGUGUUGGAGGACGCACACGGGAUCAAGGCCAUGAUGAAGAGCAAGGGUUUGAUCAAGGGAAAAAGGGGUGUGGCGAUAGUCAUAUUCUUGAUGUUGAAUCUUUCAUUGGGGAUCAUCAACUUUGUGUUUAGGGUUUUUGUUGUGUAUGGGAAGGGAGCUUUGCCAGUUCUUGGAUUGGGGGCUGUUAGUUUGUUGCUGUUGUCGAAAUUGAUCCUGUUUGGAUUGGUUGUACAGACCGUUAUCUACUUCGUUUGCAAGUCAUAUCACCAUGAGAACAUCGAUAAGUCUGCUCUGUCUGAUCAUCUGGAGGUUUAUGUGGGAGAUUAUGUUCCGUUGAAGGGUAAGGAUAUUCAGCUGAAGGAGUAUGCAUGA